GGCGCUACGGUAGAUUCGCGAACAUAACCCCACAUUAGGUGACAGCUGUCUUGUGAUGACAAAAAAUUGAAAAAUUCCUGCUGAUUUUUUUUUCAUAUUUGCCAUUUAUCCCAGUAAUUUAGCAAUUAAUUCCACCGGAAAAAUGUUCUCUAGUCUUAUUCGAAGGGUCCCACAGUUGUCUAGGACAAUUGCUCAACAAUGCAAUAGCAAUUCUCUCGCCAGAACUUUCAGCAUUUCCAGUACAGCUUUCACCCCAAGAGUGCAACAGCCAGCCCCUGAUUUUGCGGGAACUGCAGUAGUUGGCAAUGAUUUUAAAAAUAUAAAACUUAGUGACUUUAAGGGCAAAUAUGUUGUCUUAGUGUUCUACCCCUUAGACUUCACAUUCGUUUGCCCAACUGAACUAAUAGCUUUAGAUGAACGGCUAGAAGAUUUCCACAAGUUGAAUGCGGAAGUUAUUGGGUGCUCUGUGGAUUCACAUUAUAGCCACUUAGGAUGGAUGAACACUGAUAGAAAUAAAGGUGGAUUAGGCCCUAUAAAAUACCCAAUACUGUCUGAUCUGAACAAAAAUAUAUCAAAGGAAUAUGGGGUACUUCUCGAAGCUGAAGGUGUAGCCCUAAGGGGGACAUUCAUCAUUGACCCCAAGGGAAUCUUAAGGCAAAUUACCAUAAAUGACUUGCCUAUCGGUAGAUCUGUCGAUGAGACUCUCAGGUUAAUUGAGGCUCUGAAGUUUGUAGAGGAGCAUGGAGAAGUGUGUCCAGCCAAUUGGAAGAAAGGGUCAAAGACCAUCAAGCCAGACCCCAAAGGAUCUCAAGAAUAUUUUGCUUCUGCUAAUAAUUAAUAUAAAUAAAAAAAAAGGUUUGUUGUGUUUUACUUUGUAAGGUUUGAAAUAUUUGUUUUUUUUUUCAAGAAUAAUUAAAAUGAGUGAAUAUGGUGAUUUUGUAGCCACAUGAUAAAAGGGACUGAAGAAAUUAUAAAUGUUCUAUUUAAGUUAAUUUAAUAAAUUUUGGUGAUUAUA